GAUAGAGAAACGGAGAUGGAAGAAAGAAGUGUAAGCAAAACCUGUAAUUAUCUGUACCUGAGGGGACCUAAUGGACGCUCACACCUGUUCACCUGUCCUAUUAACCUAACUUAUUCUAUCCACUUGUCCUAUUUAAUCCACUUGUAUCAUUUUCUUGACCUAUGCACCUGUUCUAUCCUUCUGUUCUGUUCUGUUCACCUGUCCUAUCCACCUGUCCUGUCCACCUGUUCCACCCACCUGUGCUAUUCUGUUCACCUGUCCACUCAUUCACCUUUAUGAGUAGCGGGGCCUCUUCUUCGGUGGCUCCUCAUCAUCAUCUUCUGAGCGCACUAUGAUGACGCUGUCCUCUUCCCUACACAGCCUCAGGUUCAGGCUAAAGGGGAUUGAGAACAGUUUUAAAGGAGUCGAGUCUGAGGUUAAGUGAAUCGAGUCAGAGUCAAAGGACACCGAAUCUGAAUUUAAGGGAGUCGAGUUUGCGUUUAAGGGGGACGAGUCCGAGUUAGAGGGAAUCGAAUCCGAAUUUUGAGGAAUCGAAUCCGAAUUUUGGGGAACUGAAUCCGAAGUUAAAGGAAUCGAGUCUUCAUGUGAGGGAGUCCGAUCGCCCAUCACGCCGCUGGACGAGGAAAGGAGACUGAUCCACCAGGCCACUCCAUUGGGCGGCCACUUCACUGCGUUACUCCACUGCCCCACCAGCGCCUGCACGCCCUCGGAGGAGACGUACCAGACCCGCGUAGGUCGCCAUUCGGCCCAGUCGUCCCGCCUCUGGAAGAAGACCAUAUACCCCUCAUCCUCUGACCUCAUGGGCCACGUCGGGGGAGAGAUGGUCGUGGAAGAGGACGAGGGCGGUGAGGUACUCGGGUCCUCAGAGAAAGAAGUGGACCUGGUUCUCUUUGGCAUGUUGGUUUUCAAAGGACUCGUCAAAGUGUUGUUCUGAAGACAAAGAUGGCAGUGAGGGGGGGCAACACAGUGUUCAUUGAUGCCUCGGCACUUGGGGAGCUGACGAGCCAGCUGACGUCCCAAGACCUAGAGAGUCUGGUGGGCUUCAACAUCCAGCCGGCAGACUUGGAGGCUCUGCAGGAGGCAACUGAGGGUCAUGUGGUGGACACUCCUGGAGUGCUCAUCUCUGAUGGGGUGACAGUGGGCAACAUUGUGGAGGUGGAGGGUGGAGAGAGUGGAGUGCUGGAAGAGUCUCAGCAGCUGGACUCCCAUGCUCACCACCAGCCAAUGGAAGUGGACACCCUCACUGACCAUGACCAGGUCAUUGGUGAAAUGGACAUGCUGCAGCAGGGUGGUGAGCUGAUUGGCAUGGCAGGAGAGAUGUCCACAGGCGGUGAGGCUGCCACCACCUCGGCUCUGCUGGCUUCUGUGUCUUCGGGUGACUCCUCUUCCUCCCAGAUAGUUUCAGAGACGCCACAGCUCAUAAAGAGCAGCUUGGGCCAGUUUGUAGUUCUGCAGCAGAACCAGCAGAAUAACAUCUCUAUUGGUUCUAUGGCCAACCGAAUCAUCACAUCGGGCGGCCAGGUCGUGAGCACAGUGUCGGGCCCUAGCAGCAGCAACAACAGCAAGCCGGUGGUGGUGAACACAUCUCAGCUCAGUGGGGGAGUGAGGCAGCAGAUGGUGGUCACCUCGCAGGCCCACCCAGUGCGGACGGAGCAUCAAACCAGAUUCCUCCAGGAACCAUCAUCCCACACACCACAAAGCCACAGCCUUCUCGCACAAUCAUUGAUGCAAAUGGGAUCAGACCAAGAAAACCUUGCAACUGUAAAAAGAGCCAGUGUCUUAAAUUAUACUGUGAUUGCUUUGCAAAUGGAGAAUUUUGCAACAACUGUAAUUGUGCAAACUGUUUCAACAAUUUAAAUCAUAAGGAGGAUAGACAGAAAGCAAUCAAGACAUGUUUGGAUAGAAAUCCCCAAGCUUUCCGGCCAAAGAUUGGCAAAGGUGGAAGCGAUAAUGAAAGGAGACACAACAAAGGCUGCAACUGUAAGUGGUCUGGGUGCCUGAAGAACUACUGUGAAUGUUAUGAGGCCAAGAUCCCAUGCUCCAACAUGUGCAAGUGUGUGGGCUGCAAGAAUGUGGACAUGACACCAGCACCGGAGAGGAAGGGACUGAUGCAGCUGGCCGAAUGUGCUGAAGCACGGGUCAAUCAGCAGAAGGCCGUUAAAUCAAAAUUACCUUCAUUCUCACAUCACUCACCCAAUAAAAUGAUUCUUCCUACCACUUCAAAGUAAGCAUUACUUGAGUACUUCAAGACAAAUUUUAAACCUAAGAAAUGUUGGCCCACUUGUAGCAGGAAAAGAGCAUCUGAGGAGCCAUAGUAGUUUUUGCAGGAUAUCAAAGAAACCAUGAAGUUGCUUUGGUAAUAGAGCUAUUGAUUUAAUCUUUUCAUAAAUACCAUACAUCUCUUAAAAAUUCCAGUUUGUGGUAAGAUAACUAUAAGAUGACAUAUAGCACAUAACAAACAGUGAGAUAAACAGUCCUCAAGAAGAAUUUGUCACAAGUUUUUAUGAACACAAUGUCAUUUGGGGAAGAAAAUUCAAGCAGAAAAGAAAGAUUCUAGGCUCUAGAAUCUUUCUUUUCUGCUUGAAUUUUCUUCCCCAAAUGACAUUAUUUCAUUAUCGCUUCCACCUUUGCCAAUCUUUGGCCGGAAAGCUUGGGGAUUUCUAUCCAAACAUGUCUUGAUUGCUUUCUGUCUAUCCUCCUUAUGAUUUAAAUUGUUGAAACAGUUUGCACAAUUACAGUUGUUGCAAAAUUCUCCAUUUGCAAAGCAAUCACAGUAUCUAAGGAAGAAAGAAAAGGUCACUUAAGUACAUGCAAAAUAGCCUCCAUUUCGCCACAUGCUGACGAACCACCAAUGUGGGAAAACAGUUUACUCAUACAUUCUCAAAAUGGGUACCGGUGUAUUGAUAGGAAAGGACUCAAUGAGCUUUUUUGUAGUUCUGAUGUCAAGAAGGAAGGCAUGAAGAGGAUAUGGUGGAGGGGAGCUUUUUUAAAGUAAGCAAGAAUACUCACAAUUUAAGACACUGGCUCUUUGUACAGUUGCAAGGUUUUCUUGGUCUGAUCCCAUUUGCAUCAAUGAUUGUGCGAGAAGGCUGUGGCUUUGUGGUGUGUGGGAUGAUGGUUCCUGGAGGAAUCUGGUUUGAUGCUUGAAUUGUGCUGUUGCUUGUAGUGUUUGACUGAAGCUGUAACAUAGCAGAAUUUAAUUUAAACUUUAUCCUAUGUUAGGUAACAAUUUUGAAAUAUUU